AAGCCCCAUCGGCUGACAAAUCGAAUCAUUCGUGUUUUCUUCGUCGUUCGGUAAAGCUGGGCCAAAUAGGCAGAAAUAAAUUGUGCACGCGCAUUCAAGAAAUCCAGCAUUAUUUAAUCGCCCUCACGUGUAUUUUGCAAUAGUGAAAUAAUACAGAGAUACAGAUAGAGGAAGUACUCAAAGUCUAAUUGUGGAAAUCAACAGAAAUGCAUACGUACAUUACAUAAGCAAACGGCAGAAUUCGAAAGUCAUUUUCAACUAAUCAUAUAAUAAAAAGGCAGCAACAAAGCAACCUCGUCACAGCAGAUAGAAAUACAUUUCGUCAGCAAUAAAUAUCUGCACGCUUACACAUGUAUAUGCCGAUUAAUGUAUGUAUUUAGCUGCAGAGUUACAGUAAGAAAACUACUUGGAAACUGAACUGAGUCAAAUUGCCAAAGAGAAAAUAUGUGCUCGGCAACAAAGCAAAGGCAGAAAUGUAUAAGUAUACGUAGUAGCAGCAGCAACGGCAACAGCAACAAGAACAACAGACAAAAAUCGGCGCAUAGCAACAAGACAAAUUCGUCAACAAUUCAAAUUGCGGCCAUGUGCAACGAGUCUCUGUGACUUUUUGAUUACAAAUCAAACUCACAGCGUAGCUGCAAAAGCUCCAAAGCCAAAGAUUGUAAAUAAUACAAUAAUAUUACGAAUACAUAGAUAGUACAAUUGUAAGUUGCACAAAUAUUAAAGAGAGAGAAAUCGAAAUUGAUUGCGCUGCAUUAAGAAAUUAUUAAGAAUAUUCAACAAAUUCAGAGUCAAACACACACAAAAAAAAAACAACAAAACAAUAUCAAAAUGAAUCCAAGCACAGCGCCGACCAGUCCCAGCAAAAUCAAAUUUAACGUAUUCUCACAUGUUAAAUACGAGCAUCUAGUUGCGGGAGUAUCCGGCGGAGUUGCAUCCACGCUAAUAUUGCAUCCAUUGGAUCUUAUUAAAAUACGCUUUGCUGUGAACGAUGGACGGACGGCGACAGUGCCACAGUAUCGUGGUCUGGGCAGCGCCUUUACCACCAUAUUCCGGCAGGAAGGCUUCCGUGGUCUCUACAAAGGUGUCACACCCAAUGUCUGGGGCUCGGGCUCGUCGUGGGGUCUUUACUUCAUGUUCUACAACACAAUAAAGACAUUCAUUCAGGGCGGCGAUGCGACGACGCCACUUGGUCCCGCAAUGCACAUGUUGGCCGCCGCCGAGUCUGGUGCACUCACACUGCUCUUAACGAAUCCCAUUUGGGUGGUCAAGACACGGCUGUGUCUGCAGUGCGAUUCGUCGAGCAGUGCGGAAUAUCGUGGCAUGAUGCAUGCCCUGGCCGAGAUCUACAAGACAGAGGGAGUGCGAGGACUGUAUAGAGGCUUUGUGCCCGGCAUGCUGGGCGUUUCCCAUGGAGCCAUACAAUUCAUGACCUACGAGGAGAUGAAGAAUGCCUAUAAUGAAUACCGCAAGCUGCCCAUCGAUACUAAAUUGGCCACAAGUGAAUAUUUGGCAUUCGCGGCGAUAUCGAAGCUGAUUGCCGCCGCAGCGACAUAUCCAUAUCAGGUGGUGCGGGCACGUCUGCAGGAUCAUCAUCAUCGCUAUAGUGGCACCUGGGACUGCAUCAAACAGACUUGGAGGCACGAGAGGGCUGUUGGUUUCUACAAGGGUCUCCAGGCGAAUCUGAUACGUGUGGUUCCCGCCUGCAUGAUCACGUUCCUCGUUUACGAGAACGUUUCACAUUUCAUGUUGACACAAAAGAAACGCCGUGAAUUAUUGCUGGACGACGAUCCUCCACGUAAUAAAGCUGCAAAGGAUCAAUAAGAGGGAACAUCCUACUUACAGUUACUAACAAGUGUCAUAAUGCACAACUACCUGAUAUGAGAAAUGGCAUAAUGUUGAUCAUUCGAUCCAUUUUUCAUCUAGUCUCCUAAGUGUCUUAUGAAUAACAGCAAAAAACGAAUAAUAAAUGGGAUCUGUUGGAGGCUUCGCUGGAACGAUAUUCCUUGGCAACUGCAUUGAUGUAGACUUAAGAUUUAGUUUUAGAAAUUUCUAAAUUCCAGUAAACGUAACAAUUUGUACAUUGAAGAAAACGUACAGAAUAUUUUAUAAUUACUUAAAUUUAUAAAACGACUGUUGAAAAUAAAAAGUGUUAAGAACAUCACAA